AUGGCUAUGCUUUAACAUUAACGUUAUUUGUCAACUUCAGAUCAAUAAUAAUUUACUCUUAUUCAAACUGUUUGUAAAUUUGAGUGGUAAUUAUGGAUAUGUUGCUAGCUCUGCCGUUUCAUGAUGUCUUGUUUCCAAAGAUUUUGGAUUUUUUAUCUAUAAAAGAGGUUUUCUUAUUAAGGGAAGUAUCCAAAAAGUACCAAACAACGGUGGAUGAAUAUUUUAUGACUUGCCGAAAGCUGCAGUUAGCUGAGCACAGUUGUGAUGUUACCCCAGAAGCUUUUCUACUUAUGACUAAAAAAAACAACAUUUUGCAAGAGUUAAAUCUUAACAAUUCAAAACAUUGGCUUGAUGACAAUUUGUUUUUAUCCGUGGUCUGCAGAUGCCCAAUGUUAAAGAAUGUUGAUAUUACUAACUGCUCACGGCUUACCAAUCGUUCGCUGCACACUCUUGCUUCGUACUGCCAAUUUCUUACAAGACUUUCGAUUCAUGGCUGCCAUUGGAUAGACAAGGAUACUUUCAAAGUUGUUAUUUCAAGUAAUCAGAAUCUGAUUGAUGUGGAUGCAAGUGGUUGCUGGUCGCUGGAUGAUGACUGCAUAAUUACAAUGGCUGCAAAAUGUACAAAAUUAAAAAAACUUGCGUUGGUGAAUGUAUAUCCAAUCACAGAUCGUUCAAUAGACUCACUGGCACUUAAUUGUAAACAUCUGACAACACUAAAGGUUUCUGGAUGUUGGCGAAUAACCAACACUUCUAUUGGGAAAAUAGGUGAAUACUGCAAGAAACUACACCUACUACAUGUGAAGGACUGUAGAGACAUAUCGGAAUCUAGUCUGGCCCGACUAAGGGUUCGAAAUGUUGUGAUAGACAAACCAGUUCCACCCAAGACUUUUUCUAGGAGGCUAUUGGUUCAACCAUAUGUCAACCUACAGGUGUAAUAUAUAUGGUGUUCAAAGUUACGUGUUAAAUACUUUGAUAUGUGUUGUCAAUUUCAAUUUAUGAACGCAAUGUGUUUAAUCGAACUCGUUAGAUAUUGUUGUUGGUUUCCUUUUGUUGAAAGGUUUAAAUUAGGAUAUACUUACCUUAUUGGACAUUUUUGUUAAAAAAAAUAUAAAACUGUCCUUUUUUAAUUCCCACAAUGUCACAGAAAAAAAAAAUUCAAAGUUUGGUUGGCUGAAAAACUAAGUUUUUGACUGGUUAAACAAGUGCUUAUGCGGGAGUAAAUGGGAGAAUUCUUCUAUUCGAUCUUUUUUGAUUUUAAACUUAUAUGUUUAAAUAUUUUAACUCUUUGUUAUGUUUUCUUUAAAUGACACUAUUUAAGGUGCUCUAGUUGACCAAAUUUAAGGUUAUCCUUCUGUCAUUAGUCCCAUUUAUUUUGUUAUUCUGUAAUCAACAUGCCUAUUUGUUUGCUUGCCUAAAUGUCCAAUUUUUUUCUUUUUUUGCAGCUCUUUCUUGUUUUUUCAUUCGUCUAUCAAGAAGGAUGUAAUUUAUUAACUAAAUGAAAACUGACACUGUUGUUUAGCAGUAGGAAAUAAAUUAUUGUUCUACG